AUGUCUAUUCCGCCGUCGGACAUCGAGACGGGUGUUUCUAACGGCGAUGUCGACUGGCUUUUCAGAGGCAAGUCGAAAAAACUCACGAAAAAGCUCCACCUGGACAAACCAGACGAUGAAGGUGAGAAGAAGCCAGACAAGGAAAAGGACAAGGAUAAGGACAAACCGAAGGAGGAGGCGCCUGUGGUGAAGCCGGAGGAGCCCAAGGAGGAAAACAAAGAGUUACCUAAACCUCCUGCCAAACCCAGCCCCAAGGCGUCGUCUGCAUCUUCUGUUCUGCUUACUUCUUCCGUGGAACCUCCUAAACGGCGCUCCAGCAUCAGUUUCAUGAAUUUGGGGAGCUCCUCCAAUGGCAAUUCGCUGGACACAGAGCUGAGCUCUUCACAGCCGCCGCUGCGGUCCAAUUCGGGCCGUGGACGGUCCUUCUUCAGCUCGAUUUCGCUGAAGUUCAAGCUGAACGGCUCCAAUUCCGGCGGUCUGCCCAGCAUGAGCCCCCACACUUCCCACAAGCUCAAUCCCAACAUGAUCGGCUCGGGAUCCCAGCCGCCGCCGGCCAAUCAGGACUUGGCGUCGCUCGUCAACAGACCUCCACCUGAAGCUGGCAUUCUGAUUCCUCAGGGCAGAGGCAGACGGUCUUCGUUUUCGUCGAGCCCUAAGCUGUCUUUGGAUUCCGAAAGAGGAGGCUUCUUCAAGCGCAGAACGUCCAACGUGGACCAGGUUCCGCCUCCACCUCAGAGAGUUGUGCUCAACAAGAACCCGAACAAAGAGAAGGUAAUGAGAGAGUUUGCAGAGCGUCGUUUACGAAGAGUCGCCUUUGCAUUGGAGAAGCUUUCCGAUGAUCCUCAGCAGCAGAUUCCCUCCAGACGACCCAAAAGAGGAAAUGUGCUUAUCCCUGAGGACUUGACUGCUCCCCUUCCUCGGCUUUCUCAAGGCAUCUCCGUCAGCGACGGCAAGGGCAACAAGACGAACGUCACGGAAACAAAGUACUCUGAAAAAGAGCUUCAGAUGGCCGUGGACGCUCAGAAAAAGGCCCUUGCGGAAGCUGAAAAGCACGCCAUGGACGCCCACCUUUCUGCCAAACGCCUUGCUAAUCAGAUUUCUCUGUUCAAGACUUCAAGCAAGUCGCCUGCCAUGGCGGACGACGACGAAGUUGACGUCCAGGCCGGCAAGAUCGAAAUCGACAAGCCUUUGCAUAUUCACGAGAACCACUUUGACGAGGGCAACAGCUCCACAGAAAUACCAAUCGAGGACCUCCUGCUUGAGGAUAUUUACAGCAGAUGCUGCCAUCUUCGUGAAAUCUUACCCAUCCCAGCUACGCUCAAACAGUUGAAGAACAAAACGAGCCCGCUCCAGACCCUCAAGCUCCUCAACCCGAAACCCACGUUGAUUGACGUUCUUUCAUUUAGCGACUUCCUUGCUAUCACCCCCAUCAACACCGUCAUAUUCGACAACGUCACCAUGACAACCGAGAUGCUCAAGCACUUGUUAGGCUCUUUGGUUCACAGCAAAACGUUGGAGAAACUCUCACUUCGAAACGUCGCCAUCGACGAGACAGGCUGGCUCUAUCUCUGUGAGUUCUUGGGCAGGAACCGUACCGUCAAGAAGCUUGACAUCUCCCAACAACGAGUGAAAACCGUUACAAAGCAAACCUCAUUCCGUUCCGCGAUGAAUUGGAACCUCUUCAUCAAGACCUUGAUUCACAGAGGCGGCAUUGAAGAGCUCGUCAUGGGUGGCUGCAAGCUCUCAGACGACACUUUUGAGAAGCUUCUUGAGGAAGCCCUCACCAUCGCCACUUGCAGACUUGGUGUUGCAGCGACAGAAAUCAAUGUCUGCAAAUGUAAGUUGAUCGCUGACUGGAUCAGCAGACCCAACUCCAAGUGUGUGGGUAUCGACAUUGCCUACAACGACUUGAGCCAGGGCCAACUCCGUCCAUUCAUUGAUGCUUUCAACACCAAGCCCACUCGCCUUAUUUUCUUCUCACUCAACUCCACCCACAUUCAAAACAUGGAAGAAGUGGGCGAGCUCUUGAGGGGUUUGUCGAAAGUCCAGACUCUUCGUUUCUUGGACUUGAGCUCUUUACCACAGCUUUUCCCUGGCGUCAUCUCCAAGCUUAGCAAAACAUUGCCAUACUUUCCUUCAUUAAGGCGUGUUCACUUCGACUUGAACGAGCUCACUUCACAGUCCAUCGAUGCCAUUGCAGAUAUCUUGCCGAAGGUGAAGAACCUAGUGCACGUAUCGCUUCUUGGAAACCGUAACUUGGACCGUGGUUGCAUUGGUUCAUUAUACUCGGCCGUGAAGAACUCAAACAUCUUCAAUCUUGAUUUGGAUUAUGACCUCGUCCCAGAUGAGCUUUCACAGAGGUUGGCUCUUUACUUGAUGAAGAACUUGGACCGUCAAGUCAGACCAGACAUCUCCAGCCGUGGUGAUGCUGCCCAGGAUGACGUUAUGUUCGACGGUUCACUUCUCAUGGAGACCGCGGAGAAGAUGUUGAUUGAAAGCGAUAAGAAUUCCGGAGAGGCUGACUUGAAGCUCCAGAAGAUCAUUACUAAUGCAUUGAUCGAGAGAACCAACUCGAUCAGAAAGGAUAUCCACAAAAUCAUUGAUAGUCUUUUCCAGAAACGUGCAAUGGGAACACUCAAUUUCGAGGACAAGGAAUCGUUGUUGCGUUUCUGUCUCCUUGAUGCCUCGCUCGAGAAGGUGGUUCAUCUUUUCGAGCAAAAGGCAAAGAAGUUCACCAACACUCCAUUGAGUCCAUCGCCUUCCACGCACGAUGACAAACAACUUUCGCUUGACCUGGCCAUUGCACAGGGUCCUACGGAGCCAAUGAAAUACGUUGACCAUCAGCAGCUUCACGAGGGCUCCAAGGCACUCAUUGACGCCGGUCCAAUUUUGAUGGCCAAAUCAAGACCACCUCCAGUGACUUGCCAGCCCAGCGAGCAAACCUUUGAACCUCAUCAGGUUGUUGUCGAAGCUGGCUCUGACGGUCUGACGGUUCCCAUUGAUAAUACCACAGGCCGUCCUGUUUUGUUCAGAUCCAUGUCACAGACGUCUGUGCAUGCCAAAGAGCAGGAGAAAGAGGAAGGUGAGUUCCACAGAUGGGGUUAUUUCAUGGAGCACAGAGACAAGGCCGAGCCUUCCGAUAAGGAGAAACAGGAGAAGUUGGUCAUUGGCACGGUUCCUUCUGGGUCUGAGCUUCGAGAGGCCAUUAUUGACGCCAAGGGGGUGGAUUCUGUCACGGACUUGAUUUCGAAAAUCAACAGUCAGAGAAUCAGUUUGGACGGCAUUUACAACCCAGGACAGUCUGCUCCGGCUACUGAACAGCGGCCCACAACCACUGAGCCUGUGUUCCAGGAUGCACACGAGACUCCGGUCCAGGAUGAUGAUGCACACUCCAUUGACUCCAACGAAGAUCAGAACGUUCAUCCCGUGGUGGACGAAGCAUACGAUAAGCUCUUGAACGAAGCGCAGCGGGUCCGCUCCAACAAGGAAGCCGCCUAG